GAGGGGGAGAGCAGUAGAGCGGGAGGAGGGGGAUAGAGAGAGGGGAGGAGAGAGAGUGAGUGAAGUGGUGGUCUCUCAGGGAGAGACACGGUAAGUACCAAGGUCCUGAGGGAUAGGAAGGUAGAUAUACCUCAGUGUCUGCUAUAAAACUACCAGCGCAUGGACCUGCAGAGACAAAGUAACAAUAACAGCCACUUGUGCUGCGAAACAGAUUUCCUGAAGAGUAGAUCACCAGUGAAAGACAAUAGUUAGGAACAGAACAGCAGCAGACCAACAGCAGACCUACAGAGGGUCAGGAGGGUGUUGAAGUCUAUUCAGAUGCUGACGAGGACCCAGAUAAGCUGAACAGAGACAGACGUUUCCAUUUGAGAAAACUCCACAAUGACAGCUGCAGCUCAGGAACUGGACGAGUUAUGUUUCCUCUCAGCCCAGUCCAUGUCCACUCUGGAGACCUCCGACCACUUCCAGAUGGUCAAGCUGCUGGGAGAGGGAUCCUACGGCAAGGUCAUGCUGGCCGUCCACAAGAAGAGAGGCACUCCCAUGGCUCUGAAGUUCUUCCCCCGCCAGUCCACAUCCCUCUUCUCUUUCCUGCGUGAAUACAACCUCUCCCUUUCUUAUUGCACUCAUCCCUCUCUCACCCGGGCCCUGGGUAUCUUCUUCUCCACCCCCUGCUACUAUGUCUUCGCCCAGCAGGCUGGUCUCUAUGGAGACCUCUACAGUGUCAUCGUGUCAGAGGUGGGUGUAGAUGAAGAGUGUGUCCAGAGAGUGAUGUCUCAGCUGAGUGGUGCCGUCUCAUACCUCCACUCCAUGGGCUUCGUCCACCGGGACAUCAAACCAGAGAACAUCUUCCUGUGUGACCGCGCCUGUCGCUGGGUCAAACUGGGUGACUUCGGCCUGGCCCGCCCCACUGGCUGCACCGUCCGCGCCGUCUGGUACGACUCGCCCUUCUGCACGCCUGAGGUGGAGCAGGCCAAAGAGUCCGAGAAAGUGAGAGAGCAGAGACAGGAGGAUGGAGAGGAGGAGGAGAACAUUUGGAUCACAGUGGAGACCACUAUAGACAGCUGGGCCCUGGGCGUGCUGGUCUACUGCCUGCUGACGGGAUGCUUUCCCUGGGAAGAGACAACCCACGACGACCCCGCCUACCGGAGGUACAAGGAGUGGUACGACCGCGAGGCGGAGAGGGAGGAAAGGAGCGAGGGACUGAGAGGGGAAAAGGAAGUAAUUUGGUGCGAAAGUGAAAAGGACAAUAUCCUGAGCCUGGAGAACAAUCAGAAGUCAAACCCUAUGGCCCCACAGUUUGAAGGCUUCAGCCCACUGGUGAUGUCUCUUUUCAGGGAGCUGCUCAACCCACAGCCCAGGCUUCGAGGAGGCCCUGACGAGAUCCUCAGCUACCUGGGUGGGCCCUGGUUGAUGGAGACGGAGAGAGAGGAGAAGAGGAAAGCAGAGGAGGUAGAGAAGGAGGCCAGGAAAAUAAGAGAGGCAGGAACGGUGGAGGAAGGGAGGGAGAGGGAGGGAAGAGGGGAGAGAUAAAGUGUUUCAUACUAGACAGGUUCGAGAAUUUUUAAGAUGUACUGUACAUUUUCAAAGAGAAUAUUUGCUUUAUAGAGGUUGAUAUUCUGAAUAUUUUGCCGAACAUUUCUUACUCUGUAUUGAUAGAAUUGAGACUACUGUAUUUUGAUAUAGUUGUAUGUUUUACCUUGUAAUAGUUCUCUACAGUGUAAUGCAACUUAAUAUUAUGUGUGUGUGUGAGCGUGCAUGUGCCAUACCUGCCUGUGUAUGUGCAUGCUUGAACAUGAUCUUGAGUGUGCAUGUGUGCUUAGGGGCAGGUAGCCUCUUAAGAGAAUACAUGAAUUAGUUCUCCUUCAACACACAGGCUGUAUUAUAAUGAUCACUCUAUCACACUUUAUGUUGUAAGAUUAUCUGAAUAAACCAGUUUAUAUUUA